UCAUCAUUUCACAAACGCUUACAGUACAAUGACUGGUGUACUACUUCCCGACAAAGUUGGUUCGCUUCUGUUCUGUCACAGAUGCGGAUCAUUACUCGAUAUACCCGGUGAUGAAGAUUUAAUCAAAUGUGCUCCUUGUGGUGCAGUUCAAGAUGCUUCAGUCUACGACAACUUGACAAUCACAACAAAAUCACACCCAUUAGCAUUCCCAUCAGCACUUUUACAAAAACGACAGCUAGUACACACAGCAACAGGAGCAGAAGGAACACGAGCAAAAGAAGCAACGAUCAAAGAAGAUUGUCCUCAAUGUGGUCAUGAUGAAAUGCACUUUUAUACAAUGCAAAUGCGUAGUGCUGAUGAAGGUUCAACAGUCUUUUAUACCUGUCCUAAAUGUGGACAUAAAUUCAGCCAAAACAAUUGAUCUCAGUUCACUUCACGUCCUCGCCGCAUCCGACUCAUUCUUUCAGCAUUUGUAUUCUAUUCAAUUCAACUUAUUGUGACAGGUAUGAACGUGUGACUAUUUACAACAUGAAUCAACCUUUUCUUUGCCGGACAUCGAUUCAACACCCGGCAGUAUACCAGGACCCUUCCAUCUUCCAAAAGCGUAAUUCAAUCGAAUGAUCAAAAGAUCCAAUCCCAUUCUGAUACUAUCUUUCAAGAUAUCAAUCUUGCUACCUUCCACUUCACGCCAAUCGACAGCAACUUCAGAAAUUGGCAAAGGUAAACGUAAAAGUGGAUCUUUUACUGCAGAAUCAGCAAAGAGUGAAGGAUUCGAAGCAGCUGUUCUCUGGAGUGUAUUGGAAGAUGCAACUUCAGCCAACAACAAAAGCUCAACAUCGAAUAUCCAACGAUCGAUGUGUGCUAAAGGAA